AUGGCGUUGCAUUCGAAGCAUUUUUAUUUUAGCAGCUCACCUUGUUGUUUCUCGCCUGGUCAUGUGAGAGACAACGUGGAGCUUCAAAGACCCAACCUCUCAAUAACCUCCAUUUCAAUCAAUUGUAAAGGCCCUUUGGUGGAACCUGACAAAUUGAAGAUUGCACCUCCACCGUUUGAUAAAAUGCCUAAACAGAUACGUGUUUCAGCAAUUGACUUCCAUUUCAGCCAGUCUGUGAAGAAUAGUGAAGAGGGCUCUAGAGGAACUAUCAAUUUCAAAGAAGAUGGUCCUCCUCCUGAUCUUAAUGGAUAUCAAUCUAUUGAGGGCAUGGCAUCGAUGUGUCAUAAUGCAAGAAAUGUACCAGAUGGGCAUUGUAUGAUUACUAUUCUAAGCUUCUGCAUUCGUGUAGGAUGUAUGGAACUCACCAGAGAAUGCCAUGCUCUAAUUACAAAAACUGGAGUUGGUAAUGAUGUAUUUGUUAGUACUACUCUUAUUGAUACAUAUGCCAAAUGCGGAGAUAUAGAAACUGCAACGAUGUUAUUUCAUAAGAUGCUCCUUUCAGAUAUUGCUGCCUGCAAUUGUUUGAUUUCUGGGUAUGCGAGACAUGGGAUGUUUCACCAAGCUUUUGAUUUUUUCAUAAAAAUUGGGAGUAUGGGCAUCAGGCCAAACCCCUACACAUACUCAACCAUGCUAACAGUUUGUGGGGCUAUUUCAGCGACCAAAGAAGGAAAACAGCUACAUGCCCACAUUGUAAAGUUGCAGCUUUUGUCCAAUUUGGUGGUGGGAAAUGCACUGUUAACAAUGUAUAGCAAGUGUGGGAUGAUGGAGGAGGCUGAAUCUUUGUUUGAGAGUCUUGAGCAAAAAAAUCUCAUUACAUGGGCUGCAAUCAUAAACGGAUACUAUCGGCAUAAGGCUUUUGAGAAAGCUUUAGGGCAGUUCUUGUUAAUGAGAGAAUCUGGGAUUGAACCAAAUGAGUAUGCUUUUACAACUGUUCUUGCAUGUUGUGGUAGCUUAAAACUUCUUAAUAUCAGUAACAUGCUUCAUGCCUUGCUCAUUAAAAAGGGAAUGACCUUGGGGGUCUAUGUGGGUACUGCAAUCAUAGACAUGUAUUCUGUACAUGGAGAAAUGGAUGCUGCAGAGAGACAGUUCAAAGAUAUGGGAAGAAUAGCAUCACAUGUGUCCUGGAAUGCCCUGAUAUCUGGGUUCAUUUAUAAUGAGAAGACAGAGGAGGCCAUGGAAGUUUUUCAUAAAAUGGUCAGGGAUAGCAUAGCGUGCGAUAUAUUCACUUAUUCUAUCAUUUUGAAAGCUUGUUCUUCUUUGACAUCACUUUCAACUUGUCAACAGAUCCAUUCUCAGAUAAUAAAAGCCAAGUGUGAAUCAAACAUGCAUGUAGGAAGCUCAUUAGUAGAAGCUUAUGCCAAGUGCGGGAAUCUAGAAGAUGCCGAGCUGGUUUUCAGUCAGAUUUCAGCACCAGAUGUGAUAUCAUGGAACUCAAUGAUCAAAGCUUACUCUCUAAAUGGGUAUCCAAGGAAAGUCAUAUCCUUGUUUGGGAAAAUGGUUGAAGAAGGAAAGAAUCCCACCGGUUCCACUUUUCUUUCGGUUAUUUCGGCUUGUAGCCACUCGGGCUUAGUUCAAGAAGGCCUAGAGUUCUAUGAAUCAAUGCUUAGAGAUUACACCAUCCAACCGGAAGAGGCACACUACUGCAGCAUUGUUGACUUACUGAGUAGAGCAGGGCUAAUAGGAAAUGCAUUAGAUUUCAUAAAUAAGUUGCCAACCAGACCUACGGCUUCAGUAUGGAGACCAUUACUUGCAGCUUGCCGAUGCCAUGGCAACCUUCAAAUGGCAGAAUAUGCUGCCAAGAACAUAUUGGAUUUAGAUCCAAAAGAUGCAGCGGUUUACAUCACUCUUUCAAAUAUGUACAUUGAAGUGGGGAGAUAUGAAGAUGCAAUGAAACAAUGGAAGCUAAUGGAAUCAAUGUCAAUUUCAAAGGAACCAGGAUGUAGCUGGAUAGAGGUUAACAACAAAAUAUAUAAGUUCUUUUCACAAGACAAAACUUGCCCAGAAAUGCCACUAGUGUAUGAAAAUUUGAAGCAACUGGUGAUAGAUCAGAUGGAGGACACCGAGUUUAUUCGUAAAACUAGCCCCAUGCAUCACCCACAAUCAGGACAGGCAGAGGAAGAAAUGAUUCUUUAUCACAGUGAAAAACUCGCAGUUUCCUUCGGGCUUUUGAGCUUGCCGACUGGAAAACCAAUUCGCGUGUUCAAGAACCUCCGAGUCUGUCCAGACUGCCAUUCAACCAUGAAGCAUAUAUCAAAAAUUACAAAGCGAGAUAUAGUAGUAAGGGAUAAUUACAGGUUCCAUUUGUUCAAGCGAGGUCGCUGCUCGUGUGGAGACUACUGGUGAUGUUCUUUGGAUGGACUGUUUCCUUGAGAUUAAUUCCCUGCUCUUUGUUAAGCUUGUAGAAGGUGGUGGCUUUAUGAAUCAACUAUCACAAAUGCAUAUCCAUAGCUGUGAAACACGCCUUAAGAUUAUGUUGUGGGACCCACAUGUAUUUUUUGUGGGCUCUGUAGAAAUGGAGGACUGACAUGGCAGACUGUAGGACAGCUCUCAAAUCGUUCUCUAUCUUUGAAGUCAAAUGUAUGUGGGCGAAUCAGACAACAGUGCCCCUUUGAUUUGCGACUUCAAUCUUAAAGAAUGUGAUGUAGUGGACUGAUCUGAUUAUCCAAUCAGGUUGGUGCAAGCGAUCUCCUAAGAAGAGGGGCUUACUGUGCCUUUGGAACAUUGGCACUAUGUGGUUAUAAGCUCCUCCCACUGGAGAUUGUGUCUCGUAGUUUUCCGCGACCGCUGCCAUCUCCACUGCAAUGCACAAUCUCUUCAAAAACCUUGGAGCCCAACAGAGAACACUCGCCAGCUACCGUAUAUUUGGGUCAUCUUCUGAUGCUUAUGUAGAACUUAUAGAGACAUUUGCCGGUGAUAAAGCUUUGCGCUCAGGCAGAGUCCUCCACGCUCACCUGAUCAUCAAUGGGUUGGCUCGUCUGACCCAUUUCGCUUCCAAGCUUAUAGACCUGUACGCCAAGUGCGGGCGAUUACCAGAUGCUCGAAAGCUGUUUGACAGAAUUCCCAAGACGAAUAUCCGCCGCUGGAUUGUCCUGAUUGGAGCCUACGCCAGCCGCGGCUUCUAUCAGGAGGCACUGGGUGUCUUCUGUGAAAUGCAGAGGGAAGGCCUGCGACCCAACAAGUUUGUUUUCCCCAGCAUUCUCAAAGCCUGUGGGCAUCUCUGCUGUCAAGAGAUUGGACUGAAGAUGCAUGCUGUAAUCCUAAGAUGUUCAUUUGAAUCAGAUGCUUUCGUCCAUAGCGCAUUGAUAGACAUGUACUCCAAAUGUGGGUCAAGUGAAAAGGCUCGUAAAGUUUUCGAUGCGAUGCUCAAGAAAGAUUUGGUGUCCUUGAAUGCAAUGAUCUCGGGCUAUGUGCAACAUGGUUUUGUCAAAGAAGCAUUGGAUUUGGUUGAAAAAUUGCAACUAUCAGGAAUAAAACCCAAUGUGGUGACAUGGAAUACCUUAAUUGCAGGUUUCUCACAAGCUGGGGAUGAGUCAAUGGUGUCCAACCUUUUUCAAUCUAUGCGUGUUAGUGGGGUUGAACCCGAUGUGGUAUCUUGGACGUCGAUCAUAUCUGGGUGUGGCAGAUUUGAGGCGCGGGAAGGAGAUUCAUGGACAUGCAUUGGUAAUUGGAGUUGAAGAAGAUGUAUAUGUAACAAGCGCUCUUGUUGACAUGUAUGCAAAAUGUGGUCUUAUCUAUGAAGCGAAGAAGUUGUUUUAUGAGAUGUGUAGAAGAAAUACGGCCACUUGGAACUCAAUGAUAUUUGGAUAUGCAAAUCACGGGUACUGCAAUGAAGCAGUUGAGCUUUUUCAUCAUAUGGAGCAGGGGGAAGAGAAACCUGAUCACCUUACAUUCACAGCAGUGCUAACUGCCUGUAGUCAUGCUGGAAUGGUAGAACUUGGACAGAUUCUGUUCCACUCAAUGCAAGACAAAUAUAGAAUCAAACCAAGGUUAGAGCAUUAUACCUGCAUGGUGGAUCUACUUGGUCGAGCGGGAAGGCUAGCUGGAGCUUAUGAUUUGAUAAAGGCAAUGCCAAUUGAGCCUGAUUUAUUUGUUUGGGGAGCAUUGUUAGGAGCAUGUAGGAAUCAUGGAAACAUAGAGCUUGCUGAAAUAGCAGCGAAGCAUCUGUCUGAGCUUGAGCCUGAGAGUGCUGGAGGCAGGUUAUUGCUGACAAAUUUAUAUGCAGAUGCUGGUAGUUGGGGGAAUGUUUUGAAGUUGAAGAAAACAAUGAAGAGAAGAAAGCUAAUGAAGUUUCCGGGUUGUAGUUGGAUAGAGGCUGUUUGAUGCAUCAACAGAACUCAUUAAGCUAGCCCAGUAUAUUUAUUUUCUCCAGAAUAGAAAUAUGAAUGCUUGGGGAGCUCUGGUUGAACUUCUUUUGUCUCAUUCUGUGAUGACUGAUGAGCAAGUGCAAGAAUUAGCUUGUGGCACAGAUUAAACCUGUACUUCCUGGAGUGGGUACCAUAAUAAAAUAGAAUGACAAAAUACAAAGUUAUGUUGA